ACCCUCUCCAAGCUCAACCUCACCUUGUACUGUUCUGUGACAUUGGUUUCCACAGGCCUCGUGUCUGGGAGUUUCAUGAACAGAAGUAUAGGGUUUCUUAAAUAGACUACUCAUGUCUCUCAAACUAUUGUUUCACUAGUGGGUUUUAUCACCAUGACUAUCGUUUCAGCUCGAAUGUUUGUAUGGGCAUGUACACUAUUUGCUGGGUAUCCUCUACUCUUAAAGAACUGGCGCUGCUCUGCAGAAGAGAGUAAAAUAGAAGUUACAGAUAAUGAAUUGCGGAAUCAAUCCAACUCUCGAAAGAGUUCUGCAGACUAUGAUGUUGCGGUGGCAUGUGAGAAUUUUGAGAGAUCUUCCCUCUCCUGCUUCCCUCUCUUGCUUCCCUUGCGGGAUUCAUGUUAGUACUAUUGAAUUUGAAAAGGACGACGGGCACAACUAUCAUGCUGAGUAUGCAGCUACAGCUUCAAGCCUGAGGGGACGGAAUUAUGGCAUUCCCGGCACUGAUGAUUGCAGGUUCUCAUUUUUGUUGCUUUUAAUAUUAUCUUUUCUUGGAUCUUUUGCUUUGCAUUUUGAUGAAGGCACUUGGGCUGUUGAUUGGGUGUUUGCUGUUCUUCAUUUAUUGAAAUCAGUAGCUGCUUUGAGGAUUUGUCAUGCAUGUCCUCUGAAUUUACGCAACUUGUGCUGAUUCCGACAUCCUCUUCACAGAAGAUCACUGCCACAUUUACUUAGAUAUUAUAGUGAGCUCACACGAUCAGAAUUGCAGUAUUGUCGGGGUGGUCUAAUUCGUGAUGAGUAUCAUGUUGGUUGUA